AAUUUGACAAUGAUGAUGACAAAGAUUAUGAUUUUGGAAGUGAAAAUGAAAAAGAAGAUUGGGAAUUGGAAUUUAAGAUUUUUUUAAAAAAAACCAAACAAAAAAUAGUGAUGAUGAUGAGAAAUCAAGAAAAACAGGAAGAUAAUAGCCAAACAAUUAAUUCUGUUCUCUCUGAAAAACAAAACAUUUCAACAUUUAUUGAAAUUUCCGUUACUGCAACAAUAGAAGAAGUAUUUGAUGUAUUACUUGCUGAAAAUAUUAUAAGUGUAUCUGUUUAUAGACUUUGGAGAGGCCAUAAACAACCAAUUGCGAUUGUUAAUGUUUUUGAUUUAGUUUCUUUUGUUUGUUUGCAGCCAAUUUUUGACAAUGAUGAAGUUUUAAGUAAUGACAAUAAUUCUUACUUUUUACAAAAACCAAUUGGUGAACUCAUUGGAUUAACGCCAGAGAGCACAAAUCUGACUGUAUGCCAUACAGAAGAUCCACUUGUUAAUCUAUUAGAUUUGUUUACACGUAAACAAAUUCAUCGUGUUUUGGUGUCCACUCAACAUCUAAUCGAAGACCCAGAUAUUGGCAAAGUCAUUAAUGAGGAAGAGGUGCAACCAUCUUUAACAGCUUUUAAAAAAAUGCAUCAAUAUGGAGUCGAGGCAGUUGCAAUUGUUAAUGAUGGUGGUAGCCUGGUUGGAGAAAUAUCAGCAGCUGAUUUACGUGGUUUAAAUAAAGAUCGUUUGAGUGAUUUAAAAAAACCUGUCAUAAUGUUCCUUAAAUCAACCAAAGGUGCAUUAAUUAAACCAUUAAUUUGUCAUCAGAAAUUUACUUUGAGCCAAGUUAUGGCAAGUAUUGUGCAUAAUAAGGCUCAUCGAGCUUGGGUUGUAGAUGAGAAUGAUAUACCUAUUGGUUAUGUUUUUACCUGA